CCUCAUUGGUUAUAGCACUGCUAAUGUAAAAAAUGGGGGACUGGAACUUCCUUGGAGGGAUCUUGGAGGAGGUGCAUAUCCACUCCACCAUGGUUGGCAAGAUCUGGCUGACCAUCCUGUUCAUAUUCCGCAUGUUGGUGCUGGGCGUCGCAGCAGAGGAUGUGUGGAAUGACGAACAGUCAGACUUCAUCUGCAACACCGAGCAGCCCGGCUGCCGCAACGUCUGCUACGACGAGGCCUUCCCCAUCUCCCUCAUACGCUAUUGGGUGCUUCAAGUGAUUUUUGUGUCCUCUCCCUCCCUUGUCUACAUGGGUCACGCCAUCUACCAGCUGCGCGCUCUGGAGAAAGAGCGCCACUGCAAGAAGGUGGCUCUCCGUCGGGAGCUGGAGGCAGUGGACGCGGAGUUGGUGGAGGUGCGGAGGAGGAUUGAAAAGGAGAUGAGGCAGCUGGAGCAGGGGAAGCUCAACAAAGCACCGCUGAGGGGUUCUCUGUUGUGUACUUAUGUGGCCCACAUUGUUACUCGCUCAUUGGUGGAGGUCAGCUUCAUGAUGGGUCAGUUCAUUCUCUAUGGACACCGCCUCAGCCCUCUUUACAAGUGUGAAAGGGAGCCGUGCCCAAAUGUGGUGGACUGCUUCGUCUCCAGGCCCACGGAGAAAACUGUUUUCAUGGUGUUCAUGCAAGGUAUUGCCUCCAUCUCCCUUUUUCUCAGCCUUCUUGAGAUCAUACACCUGGGAUUCAAGAGGCUAAAGAAGGGCAUCCUGGACUACUACCCACAUCUGAAGGACGACCUGGAUGAUUAUUACGUCAACAAGUCAAAAAAGAACUCAGUUGUGCAUCAGGUUUGCAUAGGCACAUCUGUGGGGCGCAAGACUACUAUUCCCACAGCACCAUGUGGAUAUACAUUGCUGUUGGAGAAGCAGGGCAACGGACCUAACUACCCUCUUCUUAAUGCCUCCUCUGCCUUCGUCCCAAUACAAGGGGACCCUGGUGCAAAGCCAGACAGCCACAAGGACAGCAAAGAGGGAGUGCCGAGCCCCACAGAGCAGAACAGCAACUCCAACAACACCAGCAGCGAGACGCGUUCUCCUCCUGCGGACAAACAGGAUGAGCCAGAAGAACAAACUUCGCCCCAUCAUGAGGACAGAGAGUGUGCGAGUUCUGAGUACCCCACCCUCCCUGUAGCAGACACCUCCUCCUGCACAACACUAUCAGGCAUUGCAAGGAAGUCACGGAGAGUCAGUCCACCGUGGCAUUGCUCCACCCUGGUAGAGGGGAACGGCUCAGACAGCGGAGAUUCCUACCACGGGAACAACAGCAUGAAGCAACGUAGCAGCUGUGUCGGCCCCCGACCGAGGAUGCUCUCUAAAUCAGACGUUAAGAGGUCGAGCAGGUCCCAGAGCCCAGACUCCGCAGGGGAGCUGAGCUCUGUAUCGCGACACAGCCGUGAGAGCAACAGCCCCACUGCCUCCUCUCCAAACCGCCGGGUGUCAGCGGCGAGUAGUGGCGGCAGCAGCAGACGAGCUCCAACUGAUCUGCAGAUAUAAGCACCAGACUGUGUGCUCGCCAACAUGGCAAAAGAAAUUCAGCCAUGUUUGGUUUCAAGUUAUAUGGACACUAUAUUACUGCACAUAUAAAAGUUCUUUAAAAAACAUUAAAACACAAACACAAAAAACCUUUGCUACCCAAUGCAAAGGAUAUUAUGCUCCUGACACAAAAGAAGAGCCUUUUUCCAAUCAUAUUUGAAAAGAACUUAUGAAGCAUAUAGACAAUAUGCAAUCUAACAUCUACUCUUCAGAUUUUAACAGGUGAUCAGACCACAAUGGACUUUUGGUUUUGGUUCCUUACAUUACAGACAUUCAGACGGACAUUUAAUGAUUUGGCCAUAUGCAACAGCUGAAUGAUUUGUGGGGAAUGGAAAACAAACCCACAAAUCUAUAAUGUUGUUUCAGGUCACAUAGUGCUGUUAUGCAACUGGAUACUUUUAAAUCUGUGACGCUGUCUGAAUUAAUUCACCCCAUUCCAACAUGUCAGAGAGGUCUUUAGCAAGAACAUUUAACAUAAACAGUUCUGGAUGCAGCUGUGGAAAAUAACUGCUAAAUAUCUUUGAAUUAGUAUGGUGACAUGAAUAAAAACUUCAAUAUGCUGUCAUCUAUCAGACUAUAACGAGCAGCAACGCUGCUUUUGUAUGAAAUUUAUUUUUUACUUGAUACUUAUUACUGCAGUCGAUAUCAAUUUAAAUGUCUUUGAAAGACCAUUCUAAAGAUUUAGAUGAGUGGCUGAAUAUGUUUGCAGAAUCUCUUGUUUGAAAACAGAAGACCAAUUGUUAAUUUAGGACAUCAAAGAAUAACUGAUGCCAAAUGAUGAAAAACAUUUUUAUUUAUGACAAAGCAAAAAAGUUGCUUGUUGUUAUAUAACAAAUAGCAGUGAUUUUGUGUUCACUGUACAAUAUUAUGUAAUAAACAUUUUAA